CAUUAAACCCUAAUCAACGCAUGAGACCGGUUCCCCCUGCAGCCAAACAGAACUUUUACCGAGAAAGUCCCCCCUUUCCCCCCAAGAAUAAAACAGCGGCGACUUCACAGUCACAGAUUUAGCUCUCUCUCUCUCUCUCUAACACACACGCGCAAGUCAAUUUGCCGAAUUGCUUCAAUGGCUUCUACGAAGGUUGAUAAUAAUCGGGGUCCGUUCGGAUCGAAGAGGUCUCGUAAUGACGCUUCACGAAGUGAGGGAGACUGGACCUGUCCCAAGUGUGGAAACGUCAACUUUGGGUUUAGAGUUGUUUGCAAUCGUGAAAAAUGCAGUGCUCCUCGACCUCCUGUCACUCCACCUGCUCCAUUUAGCCCUUAUAACACUCCAUUUUAUUUUGGAGGUGUUGGGGCUCCUCCUUUGCCCUAUGGGUUGUCUGGUAGGUAUGGAUCCCCCAUACCACAUUCUGGGAUGCGUUAUGACUAUGGUGUCCCUGCAAGUGCUCAUGGACCAUAUGGUCCCAUGCCUACAUUUCCAUCUGGAGCUUAUGGAGGCAUGGGCUAUGGCUCAGGGCCUGCUGCCAAUGGAUAUGGAUUUGGCUUUCAGGGACCUCCAUGGGCAGGAGUAAUACCUGAUAAUCCUGCUUCUCGUAAACGGCGUGGAGGGCCAGAUGGUUUACAUGAAGGGGAUUGGAUUUGUCCCAAAUGUGAGAAUGUUAACUUUGCCUUUAGAACCAAUUGCAACAUCAAGAAAUGUGGGGCACCAAGACCUUCUCCUAAGCAUGCUGCUUAAAAGAUGCCUGUUGAACCAAUAAGGAUGACUGCGUGAAGAGUCCUUGGAACCAUAUUUUGAACAACUGCGAGUCGGACUUUUAUGUCCGUAGCCACACAGUUCAUAACUUAUCCUCGUAGCACUUGCCAUUUUAAGAAGUUACAUUGUGUCUUUGAAGGUAGCGGUUUUGCCGUAACAAGUGAUUUCAUUUACAGAAGUUAUACUGUCUUUGAAGUCGAUGAUAUUUUUCAGUUUUUAUCAUGCGGCUAAGUUGCACUGACAUUGUAAUGCACAUGAUGGUGUUCUCGUGAUUAGUAACUCAUCACCCUUUUUAAGUUUGUUUGA